GGGAAUAAGUCGUUGAUGCAUCGCAAUGCAACGAAUAAUCAAAAAGUGACCAGUGGAAAACUGAACAGCCGUCACUCGAAAAGUAAGCAAUUUAUGAACAAAAUAUCCGCCAAUACAACAAAUAUAGAAAAGCCAAAGGGACGUGGACAAGGGAUAACUGGCCAGUUCCGUGUUUUAGCUUUUUUGAAGAGAAACUAUAUCUUUAUUUCUAUCAUACUGAUAUUUGCAGUGGCUCUCCUAUGGAGUGCAAGUCGAUUGUAUUAUGGAUUCUUUUAUUCUGUGUUGGAGGAUAAAGUGGACAAUACCAACCUGGGAAGUGAUAAAGAUGCUAAUUGGGAGGCACUGUCCAGUAGAGUUGCUUUUGCUAUUAAAACUGGAGCGGAAGUCAUUGAAGAGAGAUUUCCCAAUCCCAAUAACACUUGGCUACAAAGAGCAAAGAACUAUUUGGUUGUGAGUGACCUGGCAGAUUCUAGAUAUGAUGCAGUAGGGUUGAAGGAAAUGUUCGAAUCAGUAGGAUUGUCGCUGGAAACUUUUCUAGAAAAUAGACAACCUUUGCUACUUUCGUCUUCUAGUCAAAAGAAAACUUUGGAAGUAACUGUAGACCAAACUAAAACUGGUUGGUGGCAAGACCGAGAAAAGAAUUUACCAGGUUUUCAUAUGUUGUGGAAAAAGUUUCCUUAUAUGGAUUGGUAUAUCAUGUGUGACGAUGAUACUUUCUUCUUCUUAGAUGGUUUGGCAGCUAUCUUACAACAUCCCAUUUUUCAACAGGCGAUGAGAGAAGAGAUUCCUAUUUAUAUGGGUAAUCAGUUUAAUGUAGCAUUAUGUGAAGGUUAUGAUCCAAGUGGUAUGACAAAUGGAACUCUCAAUCCUUGGUUUGCACAUGGAGGUUCUGGAAUAAUUGUCAAUUACUGGGCUUUGGAGGCUUUGAUGGAUAUGAUACCUUGGUGUAUGCAAAGGUUUCAAGAUUGUUGGGCUGGUGAUAUCAAAAUUGGUCUUUGCUUUCAAGAACUAGGAAUCCAAAUAGUUCCUAUGGGAACACAUUUCAUUGCAGUCGAUCCUAAAAGCUUUUUUGAUACUUAUUAUUCUCAACCACCUUAUAAACAAUCCAAAUCACAAGAUAUAGUUGCCAGCUUCCACCAUUGCGAUGAUGAGGAGUUUGCCUUUCUAUUUUCUCUUCAACAACAAAUAAUUGGAAAAAACAAACAGUUGGUUCGGUUCAAAGAUAUUGCAGAUAUUGUAUCUCCUCAUUUUCAUUUUCCUUAGUGGACUUGAGUAUAAAGACUCUCUCUCUUAU